GGAAGAAAAUCGUUCUUCAAAAAAUAAAUUACAAAUUGGAGAAUCAGGGGAUAAUCCGGCAAUCAACAGUCAAUCUAUUGAGUCAAUUUCUGUAGUAUUUCCAUGGAAUCGAUUGACACAAAGGCGAAAUCCAUAUCCAGGAAGAACCGAUUUAGUAAGAGAUGUUCCAUCGACUGCGUUCUUUCUUUGCACCUGUGCAAUUUUAUUACUGGUUUGCAGUAUAGCAACAUGCAGCGUUUGUUCUUGGUCUAUGAUAUACCGAAUGCCAUUUGUCAUAGUUACAGAAGGUAAUACUCAACUUAUGAUGAACGUAUCCAGUUUUAUAUCGGCACUUUUAAACUUACCUGGCUUUUGGUUAUUAUGGAUGGCGCAUAACAACAAAAAAAAUUACGUAUUUUUUCCAUUGCUUAUAAUUAUUCUGGUGUUUGCCGUGGGUUUAUCUUCAGCUUCGAUAACGAUGGGACUAUUGACUAAAAAGCAACUGAAGUUAGACAAAGAACAGGUACCGGCUGUCUUUCUUCAAUGUCCUUUUCGAGAUACAAUUAACAAAACACUCUACCAAACUGCAACGUCAUAUAAAAAUAAUCAACAAUAUAAAUAUGCAUGGGAUCUAACACAAAAUAGACUCAAAUGCUGUGGUGUUACGAACUAUUCCGACUGGACCAGUCUAAAUCUCGAAAUUCCUAACUCAUGCUACGUGGAUUUAACAAAAAAGUUUUUAUAUCGUCCAGGCUGUUUAGAUCGUUUAGGGAUCUAUCUUUACUGGGAAUCUCAGUUACUUAUUGUAUUCAUUUUCCUUGCAUUCAUUGGACAGGUUAUUGCUGUCCUCGUCGUAAGUUUGGUAUAUUUUUAAUGAAAUUUAUGUGCUAAUUGUCUAUCAGAUAAAUAAAAGGAUGUAAAACGGUUUA